UGCAGCGGAAGUGUUGAGUAGUUGAACCCUUGCACUAGUAUGUGAGAGCAACCGAAAUGAACCACAUACUAUGCCCACUCCUGGACGAAUGCGUGGUGAUGUACCUGGACGACAUCCUCAUCUACUCGCGCGACAUGCAGCAACACAUCCAACACCUGCGACGCGUCUUUGAUAUUCUUCGACGAGAAGGAUUCUACGUCAAAUUAUCCACGAGCGAAUUUGCCCUCGAGAACGUCCAAUUCCUCGGACACAUGGUGAGCGCUCAAGGAGUUCACGUCGACCCCAAGAAGAUCAAAGCCGUACACACGCAGAAGAUACCCAAGAAUGUGAAGCAGUUGUAUCAGUUCCUAGGCUUCGCUAACUAUUACGACAGGUUCGUGCCACAGUACGCGAAAAUCGCAACACCGCUCACAAAUCUGCUGAAGAAGAACACGCCCUAUAAGUGGGAAUCAAAACAUCAGGAAGCCAUGGAGCAGCUGAAACAAACACUCACGUCCACACCCGUACUCAUCUUGCCAAACCCCGAACGCGACUACGUCAUCGAAGGUGACGCUAGUGACCAGGCAGUGGGAGCAGUCUUGAUGCAAGACCAAGGGAAUGGACUGCUCUUUAGCCAGUGCCGCAGCUGCAGCAGCCGCAGUAGCAGCAACUGCAGCAGCAGCAGCAGCAGCAGCAGCAGCAGCAGCAGCAGCAGCAGCAGCAGCAGCAGCAGCAGCAGCAGCAGCAGCGGCGGCGGCGGCAGCAGCAACCGCAGUGGGGUCUUGGAAGUGUUGGGUGCGGUGGGGGCUCUGGAGGUGCGGCCCCGGGGCGCGUCCUAGUGUCCACCCUAUGGUACUUAGUUC